ACAGGGGGGAAGUGGGGUGCUUGUGCUGGCCACAAUUCCGCAACAAUCUGCACUUUCGCACACUGCCCUUGCAUUGCAUUGCAUUGCAGUCUUGCGCUGCUUCAUCACCCACCUCGCGGAAUUUGUUGUUUGCAAUUCAUCUUGCUGCUGACGCUGUUGUUGUUGUUGUUGUUGUUGUUGUUGUCGUUUUUGUAGCAAUGGCCAUGACUGCUCGCUUCGCCGGGCGCUUCUUGCGCUACUCUACCCCUCUGGCUCAACAGCCAUGGCAGAGAUCUUUCUCUGCCGCUGUGCCUCAGGAGCCUCAACAGCCUCAACAGCCUUCCCAUCAAUUUUCUCCUACUGGAGCCGAUCCUGAGAAGACUGCAGAGACUAAGGACUCUAAAGAUUGGAGUGCAGUUUUGGACCAUAGCGUCAAUACGCUGUUUCUGUCGGAGAUGGCUAGAGGCAUGGGUUUGGCUCUGAAGUAUUUUUUCGAGAAGAAAGUCACAAUCAAUUAUCCCUUCGAGAAGGGUCCUUUGAGUCCCCGUUUCAGAGGGGAGCAUGCCCUUCGUCGGUAUCCCACUGGUGAAGAGCGAUGUAUCGCUUGCAAGCUUUGUGAGGCGGUGUGUCCUGCUCAAGCUAUAACCAUUGAAGCAGAGGAACGUGAAGAUGGUAGUCGUCGAACCACCAGAUAUGAUAUAGACAUGACGAAAUGCAUCUACUGUGGCUUCUGCCAAGAAGCUUGCCCUGUGGACGCUAUUGUAGAAGGUCCUAAUUUCGAGUUUACCACCGAGACUCAUGAGGAAUUGUUGUACGACAAGGAGAAGCUUCUCGAAAAUGGUGACCGUUGGGAAACAGAAAUAGCUGAGAACCUUCGAUCUGAAAGUUUAUACCGCUGAGCGACUUUGUGGUGACGUUGUAUUUCUUAGAGGCCAAUUUCUAAUUACAUCCUGAAUAAAGUGCUUGGUGGCACUCAUCUUAAGUAAUUUUGUACAGCAAUGAACCUCUGAGCAACUUGUUUUGCUUUGGUGGUAGUGUAGGUCAUUCGAAAUUUUACCCCUCAACUUUGGAGAACAUGUCAGUGUGCUAUCCAGCAGGCACUGCUUCUCUCGUGUGUUGCUAGUUCUUGAUGUAGCGGAUUUAGAUAUGGCUGCCAGUGAGGUCAACUUGGUGACACUUGAGAACAGUUACCAAAACAUAUAUCAUUGAAGGAACAGACCCCCAAUUCUAAUGAUCUCACACCCAUACUGCUACAAAAU